AUGAAAAUCGGAUCGGAAGAAUCAAGUUCUUCUCUUAGAAUGAGCGAAUACGAUGUUUCAAUCGAAAGACCCAAGUAUAGGGCCGGGCGCAGACCAACAGCGGUCAAAGUUUACACGGUAAAUCAUGAAUCCAGAUAUUUGGUAGUUGAAAACGUGCCAGCACUCAACCUGAAAAAGGAAUUGCUGGAAUUGUUUGCGCUUUAUGGAACCGUUGAGGAGUAUCGAUACUUGGAUGAUUAUUUAUGUGAGGAAUUUACCGAUGUGUAUUGGAUAAAAUUUCAAUCAAUCGCAGAAGCAAGGGUGGCGAAGAGAAAAGUCAAUGAUCAUGUUUUCUUCGGUUCUAACCUGAAAGUUCGGUAUGGACCCGAAUAUGAAUCAGUUGAAGAUACACGACAGAAGUUGGAGGAUAGACGUAAGGUCAUUGAGAUCAAAACUCAAGAACGCAAAGUUGAAAAGAAGAACGAGAAAAAGGAAGAAAUGCAGGAUAGCGCCCAACACCCUACGUCUGCCACACAACCUGUACCAGUACAAAACUUUCCACAAUUAGAUCCCUCCGCAUAUAAUUAUGGUAAUUAUGAUUCUACGGGCUACUAUUAUAGUAAUUAUGAUCCUACGGGCUACUAUUACAAUUACCCUUACACAUCGUACCAAAGUCAGGAGCCUCCAAUACCCGGUUUGGAUCAUCAAUCCACGCUUUCGACAAGCUUUGCGGUUACAUCUUAUCAACCACAGAACAUUCAGUCCGAAGAUUCACAAUCUUCCACAGUCCUCUCAAUACGUCGACGUCUGAAGGAGGCAUCAACAGUGUCAGCAACGGCAACAGCGGCUCAGGUAAAAAAAGAGGAGGGUGAUGGUGGUAAAUUAGAGACGAUCGCAUCUCCCGGUUCGAGGAUUUCGGCCCCGGAACCGAAGAGACGCCGAAGGAUAUGA